AUGUUAUCUCCUCUAGGAUUCCGCGAGCGAAGCGAACAGCGUAGCUCUGAAAGGGCUUUGUUUCUCGCUCCUUUCUUCGACUCCAUAGACGAGGCGUCAUCGUCACCACCAGCAUCAUGCCGCAAGAUCCUCCCGCCUAUCGUAAAUCACACCACGUCCGCGGCAAACGCAAUACACGCGUGGCGUUACAGCCGAGUGGGCGUGCGCCCGCCCGGCUGCGUCAUUAACGAAACGCAUAAUGCAUCGCAUCGCAUCCCAUCCCAUCCCAUCCCAUCCCGUCUCAUCCGGUCCCUGUUUGAAGCGAUACGGCGGGUGUCGUGGAUGGCACUUGCGAUUUGCAUUUCACCGGGCCGACCUCGCCGCGCCCGCGUACGGUCGAGUGCUCGUCGGCGGCGCUCGGGCGAAAAAAAAACGUUUCUUACGUACCAGGGUAGCAUAGCAUCGGGCAAACAAUCAAUCGCCAACGUCCCGUACAGUGCAAAUCGUCAAAAAGAGCCCCCCCGCAAGCAACACGCCGUGACGGGGCGGCGAUGGCGACGAGUGUACCGAAUGGCACCCGGGCGGGAUUUAUGCCGGGGCCCGACGGUGACCACUCUAAUCGACCGU